AUGUUUUACUAUUUAGCUUAUUUUGAUAAUUAUAUCGUCUAUACGAUUACCGCACUUAUUGGGUAUGUUUUCUAUAAGACUUAUAUCUACCCAUUGUAUCUAUCUCCAUUAUGUAAAAUCCCAGGACCGCCUGUGGAUGGCUUUUUUAUAGGAAAUUUGACAUCAUUUUAUAAUAGCGGGCCAGAUGAAUAUCUUCUUUAUUUAGAAAGACAAUACGGCAAAAGAGGAGUGGUUCUCUUUCGCUCGUACUUUAAUAGCCCACAAGUUUUAAUUAGCGAUCACAAGCUUGCACACAAUAUACUGGUGAAUCGCGCAUAUGAUUAUGCAAGGACAACUACCGAAAGGCCUCAAACUCUAGACAUGCUUGGAAUAAAUAGUAUAUUAACUGUUGAAGGCGAUGUUCAUAAGCAUCAGAGAAGAAUAAUAAAUCCCGCAUUUUCAUUUACUAGUAUCAAGGGGACGGUUCCAAUAGUUGUUCGAACUGUUAAUAAAUUGAAAAAUUACUGGUUGAAACAAAUUGGUGAUAAAAAAGAAGAAAUAAUUACAGUCACAUCAUUACUUCCAAAAAUAACAUUGGAUAUAAUUGGUCUAGCUGAACUUGCACAAGCAUACGAAACAAUCACCGGUUUACAAACGCCUUCAAGUCUUGCUCUUAUGACCAUGUCAACAUUCAUUCCAUUUAUUGCAAAACUUCCAUUUGAAUAUAAUAUUAGAUUUCAAAAUUCACUUAAAGUGGUUAAAGAAUAUUCAGAUAAAAUAGUCAUAGAACGAAAAAAUAAACUUGCACAAGGUAAACUCGAUGAACAAGAUUUGUUAUCAGUUUUAGUGGGAUUCAAUGAUAAAUUACCAGAUGCAGAAAAGUUAACGCAUGAAGAAUUGAGAGGUCAAGUUAUGACAUUUCUCGUUGCAGGACAUGAGACCACAAGUACAGCAUCAACUUGGGCAUUACUUCUUCUUGCAAAACAUCUAGAUAUUCAAAAUCGUCUUCGUGAAGAAUUAAUUGAUGCAUUUCCUGAUCGCAAUUACCAACCAACUUUUGAAGAAUUUGAAUCCUUAAAAUAUUUAGACAGUGUUAUUAAAGAAGUAUUUAGGGUCAUUCCACCAGUACCAGCAAUCACUCGAAGAACAACAAAAGAUGAAACAAUGAAUGGAUAUUUUGUUCCAAAGGGAACUUUACUUAUGAUUUCUAUCUGUGGAAUUCAUCAUAAUACCUUUAACUGGGGUGAAAAUGCAAGCCAAUUCGACCCAUCUCGAUGGCAUGAUCCGGAAAUGAAAUCUAAAAUAUCAAAUUCAAUAUUUUUACCUUUUACAAAUGGCCCAAGAAAUUGUAUUGGAAUGAAAUUUGCACUUAUGGAAUUUAAAGUUAUUCUGGCAACAUUAAUUAGGAAUUUUGAAUUUAAAGAAGUUGAAGGAUACACUUUUAAAAAGAGAUAUUUGGGUAUUAAUAAACCUUUACCUGGACUUGAUUUGUUAGUUUCAAAG